CUCUGAUGCUUCCCGUGUCACAGUGCGCAAAUGCGCAUCCAACAGCACGGAGCUGCGGUGGAAAACGAUAAAACAAACGUUACCAGGCUGGGAAACGACACGCUAGGGCGGAAAAGAAAACAGCGGCUGACGGGAAAGACUGAACCGAGGGGUACAGUCUGUGACACGGCAGCAACCAUGGUGGGCGAACGCCGCAAUGGUAACCUGCUGGUCCAGCUCGCCCCGAAGCUGCAAGCAUAUCCAGAGGAGCUAAUCCGUCAGCGCCGCAACCAUGACGGCCAAACAGAGUACCUGAUCCGCUGGUGCCUCGUCACCAUUGACGACGGCUCCAGCUCAGGAGGCGGAGCAAGCGAGGCAGGAGGGACAGGAGGCGGCAGCUCUGGGGUUGGUAGCUCUAGCGGAUCUACUUCUGGAGAGAGCAAACCGCAGAACAUCUUAAUGUGGAUGUCCACCGAGGAUGUGUACGCCAACUGCCCCACCCUGCUGGGGAAGAGGAAGACAGACGCACAGCGCCCCCUGCAGCAGGAGAAGCAGCAGGGUGAGUCGUCAAGUAGUGGUCAGGCAAGCGGCAGCGAGUUUCCCACGGACGCCACCUUCAAUGAGGUGGAGCUGUCUGACAUGAAGGAGGAUGUGAAGAACCUGGUGCGUCGAGCCAGGAAACAAAUGGCCAAGAAGAGCGACUUCUCCAUCAGCAUUACGCACACCAUCCAUGUGCUCAGUGCCUAUGCUAGCAUCGGAUCGCUGGUCGGCGUCUUCAAGGAGACAGGCGCCCUGAAUCUGCUGAUGGAGCUGCUGUGCAACAAGGAGACGCAGACCAGACGCAGCGCUGGGAAAAUGCUGCGAGCGCUCGCCUCACAUGAUGCAGGAAGCCGGGCCUACGUGUUGCUGUCACUCAGUCAGCAGGAUGGCAUCGAGCAGCACAUGGACUUUGACAACCGCUACACUCUGCUGGAGCUGUUUGCCGAAACCACGUCAUCAGAGGAACAUGGGAUCUCUUUUGAAGGGAUCCACCUGCCACAGAUUCCAGGGAAGCUGCUGUUCUCCCUGGUGAAGCGUUACCUGUGCGUCACGUCUCUGAUGGACAAACUCAACACGGCGGGGGCGGACUCUACCUCUGACAGACAGGAUGCCAGCCCCUCUCCUGCCUCCUCCACCAGCACGGCCCACCAGACGGAGCAUCUCCGCAUCCAGCGAGAGUUCGACUUCACCAUGGCCAUGGCCAACUUAAUCUCAGAGCUGGUCCGAGUCAUGGGCUGGGACCGGAACAGACAGCCUCCUGAUGGCUCCGUCCAUCGCCCAGGAGGAGGCGGGAUCUCCUGGGAGGAGCACGGAGAGGAAGCCCGCCCCGUCCUCAGAUCCAUCUUCCAGCCUCGGUUCUGUGCUUCACCUGUCGUCCUGAGCAGCAGCUCGGCUGUAGCUGCUCCCGCUGCCACCUCACAACAAAAGAAGAAGACAGGAAACGGGUUCAAAACACGCUCCGACUUUGCCAGCCGCUCGGCUUACGUGGAGUACGUCCAGGACAAUCUGAAGAGCGGCAUGAUGGUCCGCAUGCUGGAGGACUAUGAGGAAGUGAGCGCAGGAGACGAAGGAGAGUUUCGCUACAGCAAUGAUGGCUCUCCACCUGUUCAGGUGUACUGGAACUCCCUGUCCAGGACUUACUGGGUCCACUGGCACAUGGUAGAGAUACUGGGCAGUGGUGGGAGCAGUCAGGCUGAGAAGGAGACGCAGGAGAAGGCCUCCACUCUGACAGAAACCCUCAAACUCACUGCAGUGAGUCAGACCUUCUUCUCCAAGCCCCCUGGUGGUCUGUACUCCCUGCCGUACCUCUCAGAGGGUCUGCAGACUGAACCGCUGGCUCUGAGUCGGGCGGAGUGGUGGGAGAUUCUUUUCUUUAUAAAGAAACUGGAACCGAAGCAGCAACAGGAGGUCAACAGCAUCCUGCUGCAGAGCCUUGAUGACCAGGAGACUGAGCUGGAUGACUGGUCUCUGAUUGGUCUGAGUGUCCCUGGAGAUGUGGCAAAGAAGUUGCUGCACUACCUGAAGCAGAAGCUGCCAACGUCGUGUCUCAGCGACCUCCUGUGCUCUCACGCCUUCUGCAAGCACUACCUGCGGCGAGGAGGAGGAACACUGGAGGAUGAGGAGCUGCUGGCUGAAAGCUCUUUGGGCUCGUCCGGUCUGGGAGGUGUUGUAGGGGGUCAGAGUUCCUCCUCUUCGUCCUCAGCUUCGGUCUCCUCCUCCUCAGCGAUGGGCUCGGUCUCCAAGAAAGCAAAGAAGGAGCUUCCGGCCGAUUCAGGCUGUGGUAGUCCAGAGACUGAGAGUGAGCUGCCUUCAGAGGAUGACAGUAGAUACCCCGAUGACCUGGAGGACAAGAUGAAAGUCUUUAACAACCCACGGGUCCAGGGGAAGAGGACGCUGCUGGAGAAGCUCGGAGAGGUGGUGGACAUCCUGAAGAAGGGUGGCUCGGGCUCAGACCAGGCCCAGCAGCUGGCCGCUGUCCUCUUCAUCACCAGACUGCUGGAGGAGAAAGGAGGGCAGGAGAAAAACUCCAUGAGGAGUGACUCUGCCCAGACUGUACGGGAUAAGGUGCUGAAGCUGCUGGUGGAGCUUCUGUCCUCAUCAUCUAAAGACCUGGUGAUCAGUACGCUGAGACUCACUCACCUCAUCAUGCUAAAGUACGAGUGGAGGGUAUCCUUCGCCUCGGAGGGAGGGGUCAAAGCUGUCCUGUCCUGCAUGCAAGAGUUCUCCACAAUCACACAAGUCCAGCAGCUGGCUCUGGCUACUCUGAAGGUGAUCACCGGAGCCAGUAAACACGACCUCCGCAGCGUUGGCAGCAGCCUCCCUCUCUCCGAGUCCGGCACCCAGAUGAUGUUGGAGAUCUUUGCCAGCAUCGGCUCAGCCACGCCUGAGGGCUCCAAAGGCCUUCUGGGAGCCAUCCCUGCUGCUAUUGAUCUCAUGCUCAAAACCAAAGGCUGCAUGCUGUCGGUGCGGAACGGCCUGCUCGUCAUCAUCAUGCUCAUCUCCAACCAUAAGAGUCUGGCAGAGCAGCUGGUGGCCUCUGACGUCACAGCAGUCCUUAAGAAGUGUCUGACUCUGUCCAGAGCAGAGACCAUGCUGGCCAUCAUCGCCCUCAACCACAUCUCCAUGGUGCACAAGCUGGACAGCAAAGAGUGUCGAGAGCAGCUGGACUUUAAGGACACGGAGCUGCAGAUGUUGGUGGUCAGUCUGAAGGAGCUGACUGCCACCAAAGAGGUGAUCCAGACUCUGGAGCAGCUGCUGUGUGACGACACUUCACAGCUACUGUGUGACGACGCGUCACAGCUGGAGGAGAAACGCUGCCAGGUGACUCACAGCCGUGACACAUACCAGGAUCUAGUCCGUCUGAUGGAGCAGCACCGAGCUGACCGGGCCGUCCAGGUCUCCAUUCUCAGGAUCCUGAACAAGUUCCUGGACAACUACGAGGAAGACAUGCUGCCGUGGCACGACAGCAUCGAGCCCUGCCUGUCCUCCAUGACGGCCUUCAUCAAUGACAGAGAGGUGGUCCAGCAGUUCAUCCACUUCCUGUAUCGGCUGGCAUCUCUGAACAAAGACUACGCGGUGGUGAUGUGUCGUCUGGGGACUAAAGAAGCUCUGGUCAAAGCUCUGGACAAACACAGCACCAACCUGCUGCCGGUCACCGAGCUGAGAGAUCUCAUCACCGACUGUGAGAAGUACGCCAGCCUCUACAAGAAGAUGACCACCAGCGUCCUGGCAGGAUGUAUCCAGAUGGUGCUGGGUCAGAUUGAGGAGCACCGCCGUAGCCAUCAACCAAUCAACAUCCCCUUCUUUGACGUGUUCCUCAGGAAUCUCUGCCAAGGUUCCAGUGUGGAGCUGAAGGAGGAUAAGUGCUGGGAGAAGGUGGAGGUUUCAUCCAAUCACCAUCGAGCUAACAAACUGACCGAUAAGAAUCCUAAAACGUACUGGGAGUCCAACGGCUGCACCGGCUCACACUUCAUCAACAUCUACAUGCACAAAGGAGUCAUCAUCAGACAACUGGCCAUCCUUGUGGCCAGCGAGGACUCGAGCUACAUGCCGGCCCGGAUCCUGGUCCUGGGAGGAGACGAGCCCACCAACAUCAACACAGAACUAAACACGGUAAACGUGACUCCAUCAGCCAGCCGCGUGGUUCUACUGGAGAACAUGACAAGGUUCUGGUCUAUCAUCCAGAUCAGGAUUAAGAGAUGUCAGCAGGGCGGCAUCGAUACACGGGUUCACGGUUUUGAGGUUCUGGGUCCAAAACCGACGUUCUGGCCGGUUUUCAAGGAGCAGCUGUGCUGUCGGACGUACCUGUUCUACAGCACCAAGGCCCACACCUGGUGUCAGGAAGUGAUGGAGGACAAGACGCAGCUGCUGCAGCUCUUCAACAAACUGAACAGCGCUCUGAGACAUGAGCAAAUGUUUGCUGAUCGCUUCCUGCCCGACGCCGAGGCAGCUGAAGCUCUUGGUCGAACAUGCUGGGAGGCUCUGAUCACACCCAUUGUCCACAGCAUCACACUUUCAGAAUCCUCCACGUCCAGCCCUCUGUCCUGGCUGCUCAGCGAAUACCUGGAUAACGCUGAGUCAGCCCGCCGCUGUAAGAGCCGGGCAGCUAUCUUUAAUUCAAGAGUGAGACGCCUUACACACCUGCUGGUCCACGUUGACACGAGUCAGGUGGACAACGAGGAGCUCAAACCCCCUGUCAAAUCGAAAGGUCUCAACCGAAGCAAAGAGCUGAAGAAUGGUAAAGAGGGUAAAAACAAAGACAACACCGUGGCCUCUUCUUCCUCCUCAUCCUCCUCUGCCAAACCCAAAGUGAAGAGUAACAGCAGCAUCGCAGGCAUCGCCCUCUGUUGGCAAGGAGUAGUGCAGCGCCAAGUGAAGAAGUUUCUGGAGUCAAGCUGCAGUCUGCCUGACUUUGUGGAGCGAUACCGGACUCUGUACCUGCGUCUGAGGAACGCCAUGGAGGAGCUGUUUGGUCAGCAGACUGCCUUCGUCCUGGCCCUCCGACACGGCUUCUCUGCUGCUCUGCUGCAGCUCUCCAUCCUCAAGGCCAUGCACGUGAGCGAGCGUUUUGCUCAGUACAUUGAUCAGAUGAUCCAGGCCAGCGGAGUGGCGAGCGGUAGUGUUCAGACGUUGGAGCGGCUGCAGCAGUUUCUGGAGCCAAUGCUCUUCCUGUCGGGCCUGGAGCUCGCCAACACCUUUGAGCACUUUUACAGGUACUACCUUGGCGACAGGCUGCUGGCUCAGGGGAAUGUGUGGUUGGAGAGCGCAGUGAUAGACCAGAUCGGCAGCUGCUUCCUGAGUCGUUUCCCACAGCAGAUGAUGAAGAACCUGAGCGAGUCUGCAGAGCUGCAGCAGGAGUUUCACCUGUACCGCCUCCAGCAGCUGGACCGCUGCCUGCAGGAGCACGACCAGAUGAUGGAGGAGGAGUGGGCGGAGUCAGACGAGGAGGCCGAGGUCCAGGUUCUGGUUUUAUCUCCAAGGUGUUGGGCUGUCUCAUCUCUCUGCUUUCUGGAUGAACCUUCCAAACAUUUUCCAUCUGAGCUCUGUUCCUACCUGAACCAGUUUACACAGUUCUACACCCACAGUCAGUCCAUGUACGGUCUGAGUCACUCCAAGCCUCGCCGGCUGCAGUGGACGUGGCUCGGUCAUGCUGAGCUCCAGUUUGGCUGCUGGAAGCUGCACGUCUCCACGCUGCAGAUGUUCAUCCUUCUGCAGUUUAACAGUCAAGAGGAAGUUCAAGUGGAGGCUCUGCUGCAGGCCACCGCCCUGUCUGCUCCCGUCCUGCUGCACGCUCUGCUGCCGCUCAUCAGUGAGGGAGGACCGCUGAUCUGCAGCCAUCCCAACGAGCCCAGCCAGGGUGUGUUGCGGUUAAACCCAGAGGUGGCGUCUCGCAGUCUGGAUGGCGUCCCUGCAACAGUCCAGCUGCUGCCCAGACAGACGUACGUGAAUGUGGAUGAGGACGCAGCCGGCAUGCUGGAGAGGAAGAGGAACUACAUCUACUGUCUGAUCGUCCACAUCAUGAAGCAGGAGAAGGAAAUGCACAUCGACAAUCUGGUCUUUAAGGUUCUGGACUCGUGCCAGAAAAAGGAAGCAUCUCGCUCGCCGGGCUCAGGCCGUUUCAGCUGCAGCACCAGCGACGUGUUCUCCUGCAUCAUGCACGUCAUCAGCAAAGGCUGCAUACGCCGCAAUGAGGACAACCCACACAUUGUAGAGUUCCUGCCGGAGGACCCGUCCACGCCACAGAAAGGCCAAGCCCAGUUCUCAUUCAGCCGGGCCGAGGUCAGGAAGGACACCGUGGACAGCAGGGCCGACAUCAGCCUGAUGUCGGCACCGCGGCGCUUUGAGGACGGCGUUCUGGAUGCGGUUCUCUUCUCGAUGGGUCGAACGAUGACCCAGGAUGAAGUUCGCCAGCUGAUGCAGAGGACCGUCCAACAGGUUUCCAGUACUCUCAGUCUGGACCUGGACCGGGCUGAACAUCUCCUGGUUCACUGUAAGUGGAACGUCGACCUCUUGGUGCAGAGGUACACCGAUGACUCCGAUGCCCUCGUCAUGGCUGCUGGGCUAAAGUGCCGAAACCCUCAGCCCCCACCAAGCCCCGCCUCCACCUGCCCAGUCUGCCUGGGCCCUCGCACCCCCGCCACGGAGCCGGUCCCCUCCCUGAGCUGCAUGCACUACUGCUGCCGGUCAUGCUGGCAGGAGUACCUGACGGCCAGGAUCGAGCAGAACCUGGUGAUGAACUGUAACUGUCCAAUCACAGACUGCCAGGCUCAGCCCACCUCGGUCUUCUUCCUCAACAUCCUCACUGACAAGGACACCAUCUCUAAGUACGAGAACGCCUUGCUCCGAGGUUAUGUGGAGUGCUGCUCCAACCUGACGUGGUGCACCAACCCUCAGGGCUGUGAUCAGAUUCUCUGUAAGGAGAACAUGGGCAGCAUGGGGACCUGCUCGAAGUGCUGCUGGUCGUCCUGCUUCAACUGUAACUUCCCUGAGGCACACUACCCAGCCAGCUGCAGCCACAUGUCUCAGUGGAUGGAUGAUGGAGGGUAUUAUGAAGGGAUGAGCAUGGAGGCUCAGAGCAAACACCUCGCCAAGCUUAUCUCCAAACGCUGUCCCAGCUGCCAGGCUCAGAUCGAGAAGAAUGAAGGCUGUCUGCAUAUGACCUGUGCCAAGUGUAACCAUGGUUUCUGCUGGCGGUGUCUGAAACCCUGGAAACCAACACACAAAGAUUACUACAACUGCUCUGCCAUGGUGAGUAAAGCAGCGCGGCAGGAGAAAAAGUUCCAGGAUUAUAACGAGAGGUGCACAUUCCACAACCAGGCCAAGGAUUUUGCAAUCAACCUGGAGAACAAAGUGUCAUCCAUCAAUGAAGCUCUGCAGAUGAAGUCUUUGACCUUCGUCAUCGAUGCCUGCAAGGUCCUCGCUCAGGCUCGGAAGGUUCUGGCUUACUCCUGUGUCUACAGCUACUACAACCAGGAGACGGAGAAGAUGGACGUGAUGGAGCAGCAGACCGAGGCUCUGGACCUGCACACCAACGCCCUGCAGAUCCUGCUGGAGGAGACGCUGCUCCAGUGUACUGAUCUGGCCUCCUGCGUCCGGCUGCUGAAACCAGAACACCUCAACACCGGACUGGAACUGAUCAGACGGAUCCAGGAGCGCCUGCUCGCCAUCUUACAGCACUCCACACAGGACUUCAGGGUGGGUUAUCAGUCCAAGAGCAGCCAGGAGCCAGAGUCUACUCAAGCCUCCAACCUUUCCAACCACAGCGACGCCAACAAAGCGUCGAAGUCGGACCGGGCGUCAGACUCCGGGGACUCCGAUAACAACAACAAUACUGGUGAAGAUGGCAACGAGGAGGCUGAGGAUGAGGACGACGAGUACGAUGAAGAGUACGUCCCGGAGUGGCAUGAGGACUACGACGAGGACGACAUCGACGAGGACGACUUUUUCUCCGACGACGACGAGUCCGAGAACCUGGAGAGGGACUUCAGCCCGUUUGACUGAGGCGAAAACUGAAAACCUCCCCGAGUCCAGGGAAGAGAGAGGGGGGCGAGUCGGACCGCGCCGCAGCCACGCCCCUUUACAUGAGAACGCCAGGAAGGACGGAGACGAUCAGAGGGACGUCGUCCUUCAACCCCAGCACCCAAAAACACAGCUGCACCUGCUUCUCCUCCUCUUCUACUUCCCUUCUGUGUGAUCAUAAAAUCAAAGUAUGGAGGAAAACUGAAGGAGGAGUCAGAGAUUAUCCAUUCAGAAUCCUUAGAGUAGUUAAACAAGAAUAGCUCUGUCAUUCUGGUUCCUUUUGAGGGCAGUGGCAUGAUAAUAAUUUUUUAAGAGCAAGUCUUAAGACUUGGACGAGAACCGGUUUAAAACCAGUUAAGAAAAAAAAAAAGAAAAACAGUUAAGAUUCAUUAUUACAUGAAUUAAGACCUAGUUUUCAGCAUUUAUUCAAGUUUAGACUCUGAAACCACAUCAUAAAGUGUAUCACAGAAAUGUAUCAACAUUGACAUGUUCUGACAGAAGUCUGUUUACAUUUGAAGCCAAUUUCUCUAGUUAAAAACUUUAUAAAGUUCUGAAACUUUUUAAAAACAUCAUAAAACCACCCAAUAUUAUCCAAAAUUGUUUGAUAGUAUUAAGAACCCAAUCUGAGACAAGGUUAGAACCAGAUUUCACAGUCAAAAACACAAUCGUACACAAGUCUAAAAACCCUGUUUAAACCUUGUAUUAACAGCUGUUUUGGGUCAUUUGUUUAGUUUUUAAUUCAUAAUGCUUUGUUUGGAGGCACCUCAGUGUGAACUGAAAACAGUUUGAUAUCUGAUUGCUCAGACUCAUACAAAGGUGGUAUAGGAUGUCUUUAUCUGGAAUGGAUAGGUUGUUGAGACCAUCUCAUACGUCUGCUGCUGUAUUAUGCUUGUAAACAAAAAGCAUGGCUUAUGUAUGUCUAUCCAGUCUUGCUUGGAGUGAAGGGCACUUCUUGGAGAUCUGGAUUAUUUGUCUCAGCUCAGUAAUGAGAGUCAGUCUUUGGGCUCCCACACGGCUCUAUAUUUGGUACCAGUCUGACCUUUCAACAGCAAGAACAGAAAACAAGAAAACCGUCUCUCAAAUGGGAGCCAGCACCCAUUGUUCCCAAAGGAGCCAGCUCUCAGAACCAGCUUGUCCAUUAAGGACAUCAUGACUCCCUCAUAAACCUAGUCACGGAAUGAGUUGUCAUAGAGUCUAACCAGUCCCCCCCUGGAUUUAUUUACUAAAUAGUAUAUCAGCGUGUUUAUGACAACAUGAUAGAGAAAAGCUGUGAAAGAAGCACCACUAGCCCCUUCUCUCAUGGCUAAUCAUCCCCUAUUAUUAGAUCAAAACUAUAUCAACAAUCUUCACUUUCUGUUGACAGUCCUUAGUUAGCAACUUUUGGAAAAGUAUGCGCAACUGGCAAGUCCAUCCACUUUAACAAAAGUUGCCAAUUGUGGCCAAAAAAAGGAGGAAAACAGGACCCCAACAUCUCCAGCUUCUUUUAAAGGCUCUGAUGACUAUAUCGUUUAAAGGCUCUGAUGGUGUCAUCCUUUAAAGGCUCUGAUGGUGUCAUCCUUUAAAGGCUCUGAUGACAUUAUCCUUUAGAGGCUCUGACACCGUCAUCUUUUAAAGGCUCUGAUGGUGUCAUCCUUUAAAGGCUCUGAUGACAUUAUCCUUUAAAGGCUCUGAUGGUGUCAUCCUUUAAAGGCUCUGAUGACAUUAUCCUUUAAAGGCUCUGAUGCUGUCAUCCUUUAAAGGCUCUAGUGGUGUCAUCCUUUAGAGGUUCUGAUGGCAUUAUCCUUCAAAGGCUCUGAUGGUGUCAUCCUUUAAAGGCUCUGAUGACAUCAUCCUUUAAAGGCUUUAAUGGUGUCAUCCUUUAAAGGCUCUGACAAUGUCAUCCUUUAAAGGCUCUGAUGGUGUCAUGCUUUAAAGGCUCUGAUGACAUUAUCCUUUAGAGGCUCUGAUGACAUCAUCCUUUAGAGGCUCUGAUGACAUCAUCCUUUAAAGGCUCUGAUGGUGUCAUCCUUUAAAGGCUCUGACACCGUCAUCCUUUAAAGGCUCUGAUGGCGUCACCCUUUCAAGGCUCAGAUGGUGUCAUCCUUUAAAGGCUCUGAUGGUGUCAUCCUUUAAAGGCUCUGAUGGUGUCAGCCUUUAAAGGUUCUGAUGACAUUAUCCUUUAAAGGCUCUGAUGGUGUCAUCCUUUAAAGGCUCUGAUGAUAUUAUCCUUUAAAGGCUCUGAUGGUGUCAUCCUUUAGAGGCUCUGAUGACGUCAUCCUUUAAAGGCUCUGAUGGUGUCACCCUUUAAAGGCUCUGAUGGUGUCAGCCUUUAGAGGCUCUGAUGACAUUAUCCUUUAAAGGCUCUGACGACAUUAUCCUUUAAAGGCUCUGAUGGCGUCAUCUUUUAAAGGCUCUGAUAAUGUUAUCCUUUAAAGUUUUUAUCAAACUUUAGAAAAAUGACAUCAUCAAAGUGUGUAUCCUUGUCUUUUUUGCCGGCAUAGACCCCAGUUAUCAUAUCAGUCUAACCAGUGCCCCCCAAGAUUUAUUUGCUCAACAGUAUAGUAGUGUGUCCUUUAAAAGCAUGUUUAUGAUAGCAUGAGGGAGAAAAGCUGUUAAAGAGGCACCACUAGCCUAGCUCAUUGUUGAUAAUCCCAUUCAUUCUGAUUGUCAGUGACACCAUUGCUGACAGCAUGCUUGGAUACUACAAGCUAGAUGGAGGAAAAUCUAUAAAAUUCUGAGAGCCACAGAGACGAUGUUUGGGCUGAUGUUUUGAUUAAAGGUUGGUAAGUGAUUGCAGGAUGUCACUGAAGCAGUAUAGUUAAUGCAGAAUACAGUUGCAUGUACCUAAGUGCAGUUGUGGUAAACCAAUGACUGACGUUAUUGCAAAAUUUUAACAAUCUAAAUCACUUCAAAUCCAGUUGGAAGCAUUCUCACCCAGAUGAAUGGAUACAAGCCACUUUAAACCUAGUCCAGGAGUCAGUGUCAGACCAGUUUAAUCCCAAGUUAAACCUCCUGAAAUCUGAGCUUUUAUUUGAAUUGCUUUUUAAGUUUAUCCCUCUUACUUGGGAUCAGUAGGACCUGAUCAGUUUAAAAGCUCAGCAUUAUCUUCAAACAGGAAGUAUUUUUCAGAUAUCCUGAAGGUCCUGUUUCUGCAGAAAAUCCAGACUUGGAUUGGUUCUAGAGCAGAUGUUUAGGCUGAGUGUUGUUGUGGGUCUUAAUUUAGUCAAGAAUGGUGUUAGUCAUUGAGUCAUAUUUUUUUAAGUAUCCAAUAUUAAGUACCCCCAAAUUUCUUUAAAAUACUCCCUAAAGGUUUUAGUGACACUUUAUCCUAAAGCCUGAGCAUUCAGAUGCAAAAUUCCCCACAAAUUCCUGAAGAUUUUCAAGCAAAUCCCCCAAAAAUUUCAAAGUAAUUCCCCCCUAAAGUUUCUAAUCAAAUUCCCAAUAAUUGAAAAAUACCAUCUCCAGAAUUCCGAACCAAAGUUUUAAAAUGCUCCCAAGCAUUGAUUUACUGAAAAAAAAAAAAACUUAAAUGUCCUU